AUGUGGCCCCCCGGCACCUCGUGCCUUGCCGACAUCUCGCCGUCCACGGGGGAUGCCACCAUCAACCUGCAACCGCAACCCUCCGAUGACCCCAACGAUCCCCUCAAUUGGACGCCCUGGCGCAAGUACUGGAACAUGGGACUCGUCUGCUUCUACGUGGCGAUGGUGGCGGAAUUCAUCAACGCCAGUACGCCGACCUGGGGCCCCAUGGAGGCCCAGCUCGGGUUCAGCGACGAGAUCAUGAAUGACAGCUAUGCAGCUGGCUGUGCGGGGUUGGCCGUUGGCUCCCUCGUCUUGAUCCCGUUCGCGCUCAAGUCCGGCCGUCGACCGUUGUAUCUCUUCAGCACGGUGGUCCAGUUCGGGAUCUGCAUCUGGUCGGCCAGGAUCCAGACGGUGGGCGAUCUCAUGGCCGUCAACGUGAUCCAGUGUUUCUUCGCGAGUCUGGCCGAGGCCAUUGUGCAGAUGACCAUCGCGGAUCUGUUCUUCGUGCACCAGCGGGGCCGGAUGAACGCGCUGUAUGUCUGGACGUGGCUGCUUGCCACCUACCUCGGCAUCCUGGUGGCCGGGUUCGUAGCCGACGGUUUGGGGUGGCGAUGGAUCUGGUGGCUGAAUGCCAUUAUUUGCGGGGUGACGAUCUUCGUUGUCGCGUUUGGGUACGAAGAGACCAAGUUCUGUCCCCGGCCGGUUGGCUCCGCCACGACCGAUCUGCACCUGACUCCCUCAGACGAAGACCGUGCUCGAGAGCUAGGCUCGGUAGAAGCCGCAGACGAAAGCGCGCGCGAGAUCACCCCAAGGCCCGCUAUCAACCCUAACAUCCCGAUGAAAACAUACUGGCAGCGACUUGCUCUGAUCACCCCCACGACCUCGUCCGGUGCCACGAAGGACUCCUUCUUCCAACACAUGUUUCAACCGCUCAUCAUCCUGGCGACAAUCCCGGCGAUCGCGUGGACCGCGCUAGUGUAUGGGAUCUUGGUGGCCCUGGGCGACGUCAUGUCGACCACGAUGUCCACCUACCUACCCCGGGCGCCCUACAACUUCUCCUCCUACGAGGUCGGGCUCAUGAGUCUGCCGCGGAUGAUCGGCGUCACGAUCGGGGCCAUCAUCGUCGGCCCCCUGAGUGACUGGUGGAUUGUCUAUCUGGCUCGCCGCCGCCAUGGCAUCUUCCAGCCCGAGACGCGGCUGUGGUGCAUGAUCCCCUUCCUCCCCUUCGUCGUGGUCGGGGCCGUCCUCUUCGCCAUGGGGCUCAGUGACCACCGUCCCUGGCCGGUGAUUGCCGUGGGGCUGGCCUUGUACAAUAUCGGCGUCACCCCGAUCAACACCCUCACCAUCACCUACCUGACUGAUUCGUAUAGAGACAUCAUCGGCGACGCCCUGGUGGGCGUAACCCUGACGCGCAACACGUUCAGCACGGUGUUCAUCUUCGCGCUCUCGCCGUGGGUGGCGAAGGUGGGACUCAAAGAUACCUUCGUCACGAUUCUAGUCCUCGCGGUUGCGAUUCUGCUGGCCUUUGUAGUCUUUCUGCGUUAUGGCAAGGCGCUUCGGGGCUUUUCAGCCUCGCGUUAUCUCUACUAUGCCGCUCGGCAGUACAAGGAGAGAUCAGGGUAG